CUUUCUUCAGUCGGGAUAUCCGAAAAGCAUAAAUAGCGACGACAGACCACACCACCAGGGUUUCUAUGUUCUCUUCAACCACCAUCUUUGGAAGCUUUUGUCAUAUCCCUAUUGGUACCUCCUCACGGUUCUGAUUCGAAUAAUGGAUAGAAUCAACAUGCCAAGCACCGACGCUACGGCGAAUGAGUCUAUAACUGCCGCAGCUACACCUAACAGCACCUACCUUCAAUCACAAGACCCAGAAGCAACCAAAGGCAUCACUGCUGAAAGGACUGACGCCGCAAGCAUCGACGACGUCAUUGAAUUCGCUCCUCCCGACACCAAAUAUGCCUGGUUCAUUGUGGCUGCUGCCUUUUGCAACCUAACAACCACCAUGGGAACGCUGAAUUCGUUCGGUGUUUACCAAGAAUACUACUUGAACGACCUGUACAAGAACGACUCGGCAGUAGUCAUUGCAUGGGUGUCAACCCUCAUCUCAUUCUGCAUGUUCUUUGGAUCGGUCGUGACAGGGAAGCUGACAGACGAGUUUGGGUUCCGCAUUACAUGCCUUGCGGGUGCAAUUAUUUGCGGUGUGGCACUGAUUUUGGCAUCAUUCACGCACACGGUUUGGCAGCUGAUGUUGACCCAGGGCAUCAUGCUUGGGCUCGGCGCUUCGUUCAUAUUCUCUCCUUCUAUGUCAAUCGUUGCUCAGUGGCACGUCAAACAUCGUAUUCUGGCAACAGGGAUUGCUGUUUCAGGUGGCGGCGUCGGGGGGAUGGUCUUCUCGGAGGCAGCACAUCAAAUGAUGAAUAGCAUCGGCUAUCGCUGGUCGCUGCGCGUGCUUGGGCUAGUUAUUGCCGCAAUCAGCGGCUCAGUUUCACUGGUGUAUAAGCCCCGAGUGUCGGUUCCAAAGAGCGGGAAUGCCAGGCUGCUGUAUAUGCUGUGUAAAGACCCGCGUUUCCUUUGCAUUGGUGGUGCUGUCACACUCAUUAACAUGGGGUACUUUGAGCCACUUCUUUAUGUGCCAACAGCCGCCGUCAAGGAAACUGGAAUGAGGUCGACGGCAUCAAACAUUGUACUGGUAUUUAAUGCUGGGACGACAAUUGGACGUAUACUUUCCGGUCCAAUCUCGGCAGUGCUUGGCCCCCUCAAUGCUAAUCUGGCGUCUAAUGUCCUAUCGUUCAUUCUGAUAUUCGUCCUACUGCAAGGCGUCAAGACGAUCGCAGCUUACUAUACGUUCAGUGUUAUUUUCGGCGCCAUAUCCACACUGUAUCUGGCAAUCAAUGCGCACAUCAUGGCCAAUGAGUUUGGCGCGCAUGUUAUUGCUUCGUCAGUUGGUCUGAGCAUGGCGUGCUGUGGAAUCGGCGUUCUCAUUGGGAAUCCAGUGCAAGGUGCUCUGUACGAAAACUAUGAUCGUCCUCACGAUAAGUUCACGGCUGUGACUGCGUGGGCUGGUGCAUGUUUUGCAUUGGCGUCUGUGUGCUAUGCUAUACUUCGCAUUCUGGCUGUUAGAAAGCGUAAGCGCUCCUAUUUUUCAAAGAUGUAGCCACCGGUACAAUAAAUUUGCCUGCUACUAUUCGCAAUACAA